UUUUCUUUUUUAAAUAAAAGAACUUUUAAAUAGCAAAAAAUCAGGGCCGUUCAUUUGGGUUAUAAGAUCACAGCCAAAGCUUAGGGUUAGCACUUACGCCGUUCAUUCAAAGGGAUUAAAAAAUUAAACUAAAGUUACGUAGUUUACGAAGAUAACAAUAACAGGACCGGAACGUGUUAGUUUUUAUUCUACUUUUUCUUGUUCAAGCAGCCUCCCUCGCCACACAACCAAAGGCCCUUGCUUUGAAACAAUCUGGCUAUAGAGAGGUAAGAUUUUUUCCUUCUUUCUUUUCUUUCAACCUAAAUAAAAACUGGGUCUUUCUUGUUUCAUGCGCUUUGAGUGGUUUUCUUUCUUGGGUGUUUUAUGAAUGUCAGGCAGGUGUCUCUUAUGCUCAUUAGGGAUUUGGUUUUCCUAGUUGGAAAGGAUUCUUUUUCACUCUGGCCGCUGCAACGAAACUAAAUUUUUCUCGCACCUCAAAGUGGGUGUGGGGGGACAACGAAGGGGUGAUUCUGCUUUGUGUUUUAAGGAGAUCGAGAUCAUCACAUAUCUGGAGAUUGCUGCGUGUUUCAGAGGGUCUUUCGCUUGAUUAUGGCUAAUGUCAGUGUUUGUUAGGUCCCCAGAAGUUUGAUUGUAGCUUGUCAUUUUUUAUGGUAGCAGAAUUAGGAGUUUUUCUCAGGAUUUUGAACCUUAAUGAUUAGAGUAGUUUCGUGCUCAUAGCUUUUUAUGUAAACACAACAGUAGGUGUGUGUGGAUGUAGCGUAAGUCUGUAUCACCACAAUGGUUAGGUUUUCAUGCUUCAAUGCUCACAUCCAGAAACCAAAGAAAACAGUCCAGUCAUCUGUUGAAGCAAUGCAUAAGACUUUAGAAGAUUCUUCAAGAGUUCAAGCCCCCAAGGAUUUCAAUAAAGCUACAGUCACGGACUCAUUCUUGCCCAUGGCAGAACCUAUUGCUGAGAUUCAUGAAAGUGUCAAACCUAUUAUGAAUUCUUCUUCUGUUUGCCAUAGGUGGAAAUCAGAGGAAAUAAAACACGAAAUUGAUCUUGAUACUGAUACCAGGGUCCAUCAGAAAUGGCACCAUCUUAAGAAGAGUCAGUCCCUAGGAAGUAGACUGUGCCUGGAAGGAAGGGUUCCUGGAAAAAUUGAUACAGACGAUGAGACUGAUCAAGGAUUUUCUUCUGAUUCCCAUGACCAUGGGUUGGUUGAAGCAGAUGGCAGCAAACAUACAUUAGUGAGCCAAAAAGCUCUGUGCUCAGAAUCUGCUCAAGUAAGUUCUAACCGUGUCAAUAAUGAACCGGUUUUCUCUAUAGGAGACCCUCAGCAUUCAGAAAAGGAUGGCCAUGAUAAUUCUGAUUUACUUUUGUCUGGUGAGGGUGCGAAUGGCUCUGGUGACCGUACACCUAAUAAUGCACCUGUGAUUGUAAAAUCAUGUUCUAUGCCAAACAUUGUUGCAUCUGUACUCACCUCUGGAGGACAUUCUCCUUUUAAAUAUUUAACACGCCGUCCAAGAUCUUCUGAGGAUGUACAUGUUCUCAACAUGAGAAGGAAGGAGAUUACAAUUUAUGAGGUUGAUACAGUGGUGAUGCAAGAACAAGGAAGAGAUGAUAUCACAGAUAAAAAUCAGAAAAAUAACUUUGAAAAUUCUUACUAUGAUAGAUAUGAUUCUUAUAGUUAUUCUGGUUCAGCAAAGGACUGGAUAGUGCCAGUUUCAGAUGAGGUAAACUCGGUGAAAAUCCUGCAAGAAGAUUUGCCAGUUUCAGAUUGGAAUGAAUUGACUGGCAAGGAUUUUAAGAUUAAGCGAAUUGAGGAAUGGGUUAAUGAUCUUCGACACUGCAGCCCGUUGGAAGAAACAUAUGAAUUAUACCAUCCCAAUGAUCAUGUGAAGGAGGAUCCUGUUGUCUCAAAUGGUUCUACUGCUGCAAAGGCGGACGGUAAGGUGUCUCCUGGCAUGGAAGCAGCAAAAAGAUAUAUAUCUUCGUUGAGUGCCUCAGCAACCACAGCUCAGCUGGCCAACCAUGGUUUGGUUGUUAUACCAUUUCUCUGUGCAUUUGUGAGCUUGAAGGUGCUUAAUCUAUCAGGAAAUGCAAUAGCAAGGAUCGCUGCUGGUGCUCUUCCUCGAGGUCUUCACAUGUUGAAUCUGUCAAAGAAUAAUAUAUCCACCAUUGAGGGUUUACGUGAACUUACUCGACUUCGUGUGCUGGACCUGAGCUACAACAGGAUAUUUAGAAUUGGUCAUGGUUUGGCUUCUUGUUCCUCUCUUAAGGAGUUAUACUUGGCUGGAAACAAGAUAAGUGAGGUAGAAGGUCUUCAUCGCCUCUUAAAAUUGACUGUGUUGGAUCUGCGUUUCAACAAAAUCUCUACUGCCAAAUGUCUUGGCCAACUUGCAGCAAACUAUAACUCUUUGCAAGCCAUCAGCUUGGAAGGUAACCCAGCACAGAAGAACGUUGGAGAUGAACAUCUGAAGAAACAUUUGCAAGGCCUUCUUCCACAUUUAGUUUACUUUAAUCGGCAGGCUAUUAAAGUCAGCACAUUGAAGGAUGCUGCAGAACGUUCAGUUCGGCUAGGCAUCAGUGCCCAUCAAUUUGAUCGUGGACUUAGAUCAGAGCACAAAGCUACAAGAAAGAGUAACCAUGGCAGUGCUACCCAUCGGCCAUCCUCUUCAUCAACUCAUGGUCAUAAAAGUCAAGCCACAGUUUCCCCAAGACAGUCCAGAGGCAGGCAUGGUCGCCUGCCUCCUAGCAGAACAAAAGCAACAAACAAUCAUCGAAAUCACUAUUUCGACCUUAGUAACAAAUUUCUGACUUUUAAAUCGGAGCUUUCCAUGCGAAGGACCCGAAGUGAGGGAACUCUGGGGCCUCUGUGAAAUCAGUGUCCUGCUUUAUGCCGUCUGGUUGUUAUACUAUUCAGUUUGGAGUUAUGUUGCUUGUGGUUAUUGUAAUAAUUUGUCACUCCAGAUAUUUGGUGUGACCAGGCAAACAGUUGGAUUUGCAAAAAUUGGACUUGUCAGGAUUCUUCUGGUUUUAAGUUGCUUAUUUUUGUCCACGAAGAUGAGUGAGAAAUGGGUUGUGUUGCGUCAGUCUUGGGAUUUUUGUGUUUGAAUUCAUAAAUUGUGCUUUUCUCAUUGGGGAAACAAGGAGAGUAAUGCAAUGGAGAAAGACUGAGCUGAAGCCUGUUA